AGUUAGAUAAAAUUCUGCCAGAAAAACCAUAUUAUGAAAAAGGAUCAGAUGAUGAAGGAUCAGAUGAUAUGGAAGGAGUAGAGGAUAUAAAUGUAAAUGUAUUAGAUGAUAUGGAAGAUGAGGAUUUAUAUAAUAAUGAUGGAGAUCAAUUAGAAUUGGGGCAAGGAAUGAUAUUUGAUACAUGGAAAAUUGCCGAAAAUUACCUUGAAAAUUUUGCAAAACAAAAAGGAUUUUCCUUUCGUAAAAGAAGAUGUGUAACGGAUCCUAUUGAUAAAACUAUAGUAAGAAAAAGAACUUUUGAGUGUUCUCAUGCAUGUGUACAUAAAUCAGACAAGGCUAUCUUAGAGAAAGAUAGACGAGAUAGAGGUUCAGAAAUGAUCGGAUGUCCUUGGCACAUCAAUAUGGCUUUUCCUAAAACAGCAAAAGGUGUUCGAAUUAAUAGCAUUGUUAGUGAGCAUAAUCACUUGUUAAAUCCUCUCAUCAUAGAAACAGCACCAAAAUUUUGAAGACUUACUGAUGAGAUGCUUGAGAAAAUUAAAUUCUGGACAAUUCAAGGAAAAAUGGGAAUACCAAACCAAUAUAA